AUGGCGGCUGCUGGAGGCACAGUGUCAGGCCCCGCCUCUUCCUGCAAGCCAGGCCGGCCUUCAGCAGGUGCAGGCCCCUCGGCUUCUGACUCGAAAUUGAGCAACCAGGUGUCUACCAUUGUCAGCCUGCUGUCAACACUCUGCAGGGGGUCUCCGCUAGUGACACAUGACUUGUUGCGUUCAGCACUGCCCGAUUCGAUGGAGUCAGCACUGGGAGGAGAUGAGCGCUGUGUACUGGACACCAUGCGGCUGGUUGACCUCCUGCUGGUGCUCCUGUUUGAGGGGCGAAAAGCGCUGCCAAAGUCCACAGCAGGGUCGACGGGCAGGAUCCCAGGGCUGCGACGUCUGGACAGUUCUGGGGAGAGAUCACACCGACAGCUCAUCGACUGUAUCCGUAGCAAGGACACAGAUGCUCUCAUCGAUGCCAUUGACACUGGAGGUAAUGAUGCAAACUAAUAAAUAUUACAGAAUCCUGCAGUAGUCCAGUUUUCUGAAACAUUUUUUUUUCUGGAGUAAUGUGUUUUGCUGACUGAUUUUUUUUUUUUUUUUUUUUUGCAUUGCUUCCUUUGUAAUGUGUGUGUGCAGACUCUCCUGCGUCAUGGGGCCAACCCUGACCUGAGGGAUGAGGAUGGAAAAACACCUCUGGACAAGGCUAGGGAGAGGGGACACAGUGAAGUUGUAGCUAUACUGCAGUCUCCUGGAGACUGGAUGUGUCCAGUGAACAAGAGUGAUGACAAGAAGAAGAAAGAUCUUAACAAAGAGGAGGAGGAGGGCAGUGAACCCAAAGGAGACCCAGAAAUGGCUCCUAUCUACCUAAAGAGACUUCUGCCUGUUUUUGCACAAACAUUUCAGCAUACCAUGCUGCCUUCUAUUAGGAAAGCUAGUCUGGCUUUGAUCAGGAAAAUGGUUCACUAUAGCAGCGAAGUGCUGCUGAAGGAGGUGUGUGACAGCGAGGCGGGACAUAACUUGCCCACGGUGCUGGUGGAGAUCACAGCUACUGUCCUCGAUCAAGAG